GGGAGAGAUGACGUCACAGCGGCGGGACGUACGCAGGCGGAACGGCGCGGCCAGGAGGAGAGGCUAUGACGACUUCAUGGGGUCAGCCAAAAACGUGAUAAGCGAAUCUGUUGAUGCCGAGGACGGUUAUAACACGAUGGCGUCUUUCCAACGUUCCAACAGCCAUGACAAGGUCAGGAAAAUAGUGGCUGAGGAGGGUCGUACCGCGAGGAAUCUGAUUGCGUGGAGUGUCCCACUGGAGAGCAAAGAGGAGGAUGGAAAACCUAAAUGGCAAAUUGGAGGAAAAUCCAAGAGAAUAACCCAGGGAACUCAAAAAACAACUAAACAGAACACCACAGCAGCCACCAGCGAGAAAAACUUCGACAAAAGCCCCGCCAAAACGAGGCAGCCUCGGAAAGUCGACCUGAGGGCACGUUACUGGGCUUUCCUUUUCGACAACCUGCGACGUGCAGUGGAUGAAAUCUACGUCACUUGUGAAUCGGAUCAAAGUGUGGUAGAAUGUAAGGAAGUGCUGAUGAUGCUAGAUAACUACGUACGGGAUUUCAAGGCUUUGAUUGAUUGGAUACAGCUACAGGAAAAACUGGAGAAGACAGAUGCCCAAAGCAGACCUACUUCCCUGGCCUGGGAAGUAAAGAAGAUGUCUCCAGGACGCCAUGUAAUUUCAAGCCCGUCCACGGAUCGAAUCAAUGUAUCGCCCAAUGCUCGCAGAAGUCUAAAUUUUGGGAGUCCCUCUGCGGCAGUGACGUCGAAUCGUCUCGCUCCAUCAGGGGUCAGCUGGGCAGACAAAGUCAGAGCAAACCAUACGGCACCAGCUGCUGCUUCAGAGACGGCAACAAGGCAAACGUCCAUGCCGACACCAGUGCCGAAGCCUUCGCGGAGAAAUGAACUAAAAGAUGCUGAAGGUUGGGAAACGGUCCAGCGGGGAAGACCUGUGAGAUCCAAAUCUUCCACUUCGGCAAUAAAAACUACUUCAUCUACAGAAUUAUCGAGGCUGCAAGAUGACAGUAACAAAGAGAACGUUGUCCUCCAUCAAGCAGGCAAUAAGCAAAAGAGUUCAUUGACCGAAGACGGUGUACCUAAAAAUGUAGACCCCAUCCUAAAAGAGUCUUGUUGCCUGUCUGAACACCCUCACAUUGAAAGGACUCAAUUCUCAGGCCGUGUACUGGAGGACAUCAAGAUCUCCGACAACAAAAGCUCACAAGAGGGUUCUCCACAGCCAUCUUCUGACGUGCCCGUGGUUCUCAUCGAUGCUGAACACGUUGCUAAAAAUCCACAGGUGGACAAAAUCAUCUCUGCUGUUUCCACUGGCGGAGAAGAGACUCAGGCAGAAAAAAAUAAGGUGGAGAAUGAAAUGGACCCCGCAGAUAUUUCCAACUCUAUGGCAGAGGUUCUCGCGAAAAAAGAGGAAUUAGCUGACCGCCUAGAAAAGGCCAAUGAAGAAGCCAUUGCCAGCGCCAUCGCGGAAGAAGAGCAGCUGACCAGAGAGAUCGAAGCGGAGAACAACGACAUUGAGACGGACAAUGACAGCGACUUCUCUCCCAGCAUGGGUAGCGGAACCAUAUCUUUCUGCGGCAUUUCCAUGGACUGGAAUGACGUUCUGGCAGAUUACGAAGCUCGCGAAUCAUGGCGUCAGAAUAACACUUGGGGUGACAUUGUGGAAGAAGAACCAGCUCGUCCUCCUGGCCAUGGAAUACACAUGCAUGAGAAACUCUCCUCUCCGUCUCGCAAGAGGACGAUAGCAGAAUCGAAAAAGAAACACGAAGAGAAACAGAUGAAGGCUCAGCAGCUGAGAGAGAAGUUGCGCGAAGAGAAAACGCUAAAACUUCAGAAAUUAAUGGAGCGGGAAAAGGAUGUACGGAAAUGGAAGGAGGAAUUACUGGAUCAGAGGCGGAGAAUGAUGGAAGAGAAACUCCUCCACGCCGAAUUUAAGCGAGAAGUGCAGCUGCAAGCGAUUGUGAAGAAAGCGCAAGAGGAAGAGGCAAAGGUCAACGAAAUUGCCUUUAUAAACACUUUAGAAGCCCAGAACAAGCGUCACGACGUUCUGUCCAAGCUCAAAGAAUAUGAACAGAGGCUGAACGAGCUACAGGAAGAACGCCAGCGAAGGCAGGAGGAGAAGCAAGCUCGGGAUGAAGCUGUCCAGGAACGUAAAAGAGUUUUGGAAGCAGAACGGCAAGCUCGGGUGGAAGAGCUGCUGAUGAAGAGAAAAGAGCAAGAAGCUCGAAUUGAACAGCAGCGUCAGGAGAAGGAGAGAGCCCGUGAAGAUGCGGCUCGUGAAAGGGCCAGAGAUCGAGAGGAGAGGCUAGCUGCUCUGACAGCCGCCCAACAGGAGGCCAUGGAAGAACUCCAGAAGAAGAUUCAGCUUAAGCACGAUGAGAGCAUUCGGAGGCACAUGGAGCAGAUAGAGCAGAGGAAAGAAAAGGCAGCUGAACUGAGCAGCGGAAGACACGCAAACACCGACUAUGCCCCCAAAAUGACACCGUACGAGCGAAAAAAGCAGUGUUCGUUGUGCAACAUCUUGAUUUCCUCAGAGGUCUAUCUUUUUAGCCAUAUUAAAGGGAAAAAACAUCAACAAGCAGUGAGAGAGAAUAGCAGCAUUCAAGGGCGGGAGCUUUCGGACGAAGAAGUGGAGCACCUGUCAUUAAAGAAGUACAUUGUGGAUAUCGUAGUAGAAAGCUCAGUCCCGACAGAGCCCUCGAAAGAUGGCGAGGAGCGCCAGAAAACCAAAAAGAAGGCCAAGAAGCUAAAGGCACGGAUGAGCUCAAGGGCCAAGGAGUACGAAAGUGUCAUGGAAGCAAAAAACACCUCCUCUGAAUCCCCGUAUAAAGCAAAGCUGCAGCGAUUGGUAAAGGAUCUGCUAAAGCAGCAACAAAUUCAAGACAGCAACAAAGUUUCCGCUCUGGAUAGGAUUUUAGGAGAGAUUUCGCGCAUUCUGGAAAAAGAGAAUGCUGCUGAUCUGGUGAUGUUUCACGCGGCAGGGGGAUUUACAGCUCUGGAGCAGAUCCUUCAAGCGGUGCUCACUUCUACCAAUCUGAACGCCGUUCCACGAAUUCCUCUGAAGUCACUCUGUGGCGCAGUAAACGCUUACCACCUGGCCUGCAGCAACUGUGCGGAAAACUGCACCUACGUUUUGUUCAGUAACAAGAUUACUUUUUUGACGGACUUGCUGAUGCACCAGUUAAUGGUUUAUGUUCCAGAUGACCUUAAUGCCACUUUGGGAAGGAUGGCCAACAAGCAAGUGUUUGAAGGUCUAACAACAGGCGUUCUAAAAGUCGUGGCUGUUGUGUUCCGGUGUCUGAUCUCCAGUGUACCUUACGGAAACAAUCAAAACUGUGCCCCAAAGUGGAUUCAGGAAAUGAAAAACAAGACUUCGCCUCUUGAAGCCUUUAACAGUAGGAUACAAGACCUCAUCAGCUAUGUGGUGCAUAUUGGAUUAAUAGAAAAGCUGAGCUGCUGUUUCCUAUCUGUCCAAGGCCCGAUUGAUGAAAAUCCCAAAAUAGCAACUUUCUUGCAAAACGCCACCGCAGCCUUGCAUGGGAUGUGCCAGUUGUGUUUUGCUGUCAAUGGAAGGUCUUGGAACAUAUUUGAUAACCCCCGUCAAGAUCCCAUGGGAUUCACGGCAGCUCUCGAGGCCACGGACCUGGUUGGAGUCUUGCACAUGCUAUACUGCAUUCUCUUCCAUGGCACCAUUGCGGACACAAGCACCGCAUGCCCCAAAGAGAGUUACUCAGAGAACACCAUCCAAGUGGCUCUUCAGAGUUUACGCCUCUUCAAUAGUUUUGCUAUUCUUGACCUGCCAGCUUUCCAGUCCAUUGUGGGCGCCGAAGGACUGUCGCUUGCGUUCCGUCACAUCGUGAGCUCUCUGUUGUGGCAUUGUUCCCAGCACACCUGCGAAGUUCUGCUCCACGAAGUCAUUGUUUGUGUUGGGUACUUCACCGUAAACCACCCGGAUAAUCAGGUGAUUGUCCAGUCCGGUCGCCAUCCCACCGUCUUGCAAAAGCUCUGCCAACUGCCCUUCCAGUAUUUCAGUGAUCCUCGCUUAAUCAAAGUACUCUUUCCGACGCUAAUAGCGGCUUGCUACAAUAACCCGCAGAACAAGAUAAUUCUGGAGCAAGAGAUGAGCUGCAUUUUGCUUGCCACAUUCAUUCAGGAUUUCACGCAAAAUUCCAGCCAAGCAGACAAACAGCCUUCUCAACAAAGGGAAAAGAUCUUCAGCUCCCAAGAUUUUCUCGAGCUCUCCAACCGGUUCCCUCAGCAGACUUGGGAAGAAGCUCGGCAGUUUUUCUUAAAGAAAGAAAAAAAAUAAGUUUUUUAUUUAAACUUUCAAAAAAUCUAGCAUUUCAAGUGCUACACCAAUUUCUUACAUUCUUCAAGGAGCUGUUCUAAAAAUCCUUUUUAUAUUCAAAAUGCAUAUAUUGUAGAUAUAUAUUGAUUAUAUAUAUAUAUAUAAUAUAAUUUGCACUAUUUGUGUUCAUAAGAAGUGUACAUAUUUAAAACUCAGUGUUGUCAUUUUGAAAAGUUGUUUUUUGCAUUAAUAUAUUUGACGUUACGGUUCCUGGCACCUUAAUUCCUUAAGGCAUAACAUCUCUUGCACUGUAAAAUUGCUGAUACUCUAAAGCUUGGAGGGUGGGUAAGAUUCAUAGGAAGUUUCUCCUGCGCAGACUCAGCCAAAUGGAACGAGGACAACGCUAGCUUGCGUAGAAGAACUGCCUGGUGGAUUGGACCCUGCGUUCCAUUCCGUAUAAACUGUCAAUAAAAUAACUUAUUCCGUUUGCGUCAUGUGCCCCAAUACAGUUUGUUAUAUUUAGAAAGCACAAAGUUGAUAAAAUGUAAAUGAAUCUGAACACUAGAAUAUUUAAGCUUGUUGAGACAUGGUUUCCAGUUUACUGUAAAUGUUGUGCGUUUUUGCAGGAAAAUCUGUACAGUUUACAAGAGUUGUUUUCUUCGACCAUCAACUGGUCAGUUUUCACUAAACUUAUUAAAAGAAAUAUUUCAAUUGUU